AUGGCUACCCUAUCAGUAGCCACCCCCCUAAAGUCCCAUGCGGGCCUCUUCUCUUCUCGUACCGCUGGCGGACGGAUGCCCUUGACCCCUUCUCCCCGUCAGCGCUCCAUCCCCGUCAACUUGAACUCGUCGCCGUUUACGCCAGACAAGUCGUGCAAUGACGGCCAGCGGGUCGCGUCCCGUUCCAUCUACGGAAACAACCUCAAUGCCCACUUGGCGAAGUCCUCAACCAAGGGCCACCGCGACUCUCCCAAGUCCAACAUCGCUCGUGGUGUCUCAACCCCGCGCAAAGCCCUCGAGCUCGGUGUCUCGGACUUCACUCUCACCGGUACCGGCAUCCACAACAAGACCCCCUCCAGUGCCAAGGCAAAGAAGGCGGCCCCUCUCAGACAGAAGGCCACCAAGACAUCUCUCACGUACGCUGCCGACCGCUUCAUUCCCAACCGCGGUGCGAGCUCAGCCAUUGCCAAUGUCGGCUCUGGAAAGCCAGACUUUCAGGAAAAGCAGCGACCAAGAACCGGCCACGGCGAUGCCUCGUCGCUCCUUGCGUCGGCCACUGACGACGCCAUCGCCGCGCUCGAGGGGCUGAACCUCGACGACGACGAAUCGGCUCCGUACUCGCGUCCGUCGCCAAACAGCGUGGCGUACCAGGACUCGCUCGCCAGCGCAUGCGGCGUCAACCUCAACACCCGCAUCCUGCAGUUCAAGCCCGCGCCGCCCGAGUCUUCCAAGCCCAUCGACUUGCGGCAGCAGUACAAUCGCCCGCUCAAGGCGGCCAGCGCAGCUUCGGCACAGGCUAGGCGGCGCGUUGCGACGGCGCCGGAACGUGUCUUGGACGCGCCCGGCCUCAUCGAUGACUACUACCUCAACCUCCUCGACUGGAGCUCGGGCAACCAAGUGGCCAUCGGCCUGGAGCGCAACGUCUAUGUCUGGUCGGCCGACGAAGGCACCGUCAGCAGCCUCCUCGAGACCAGCCCGGAUACUUACGUCAGCAGCGUCAAGUGGUCAGGCGACGGAGCGUACGUCGGCGUCGGGCUCGGCACAGGCGAGGUGCAGAUCUGGGACGUUGCCGAGGGCACCAAGGUGCGCAGCAUGUUCGGACACGAUACGCGGGUCGGCGUCAUGGGGUGGAACAAGCACCUCCUUUCGACGGGAGCGCGGAGCGGCCUCGUGUACAACCACGACGUGCGCAUCGCCGAGCACAAGGUGGCUGAGCUGGUGUCGCACACAUCCGAGGUGUGCGGGCUCGAGUGGCGUUCGGACGGCGCGCAGCUAGCGACGGGCGGCAACGACAACCUCGUGUCCAUCUGGGACGCGCGAUCGCUCGCGGUGCCCAAGUUCACUAAGACCAACCACAAGGCGGCCGUCAAGGCGCUCUCGUGGUGCCCGUGGAACAUGAACCUGCUCGCGACGGGCGGCGGCUCGUACGACCGCCACAUCCACUUCUGGAACACGACGUCGGGCGCCCGCGUCAACAGCAUCGACACGGGCUCGCAGGUCACCAGCCUCCGCUGGAGCCCCCACUACCGCGAGAUUGUCAGCUCGAGCGGCUUCCCCGACAACUCGCUCAGCAUCUGGAGCUAUCCCACCCUGGUCCGCAACGUCGAGAUCCCCGCCCACGAGAGCCGCGUGCUGCACAGCUGCCUCAGCCCCGACGGCCAGAUGCUGGCCACAGCUGCCGCCGAUGAGAGCUUGAAGUUCUGGAAGCUCUUUGAGAAGAAGGCAGGCGCCAGCUCCGCAGUUGGAGGCGUCAGUUCGUCUAGCAAGGCCGAGAUGACCAAGCAGAUGACCAUCCGCUAG